GGCACGACCGCCCUUGGCUAUCGUUGGAAGAGAACCUGGUGCCCGGCACAGUCCCUCUAAAGCCACCCUGACGCCCGUCGCUCGCCAGGACGACCUGCAGCGGGAAAGUCCUCGUACUCCUCACGCCAACGCGGGAUAAAUUAAGGACGGACAUAUAGGGACCGAGGCGAGUGCCGCUGGAGACAUGGACAAUGUGCAAAUGAUCGGGACUAAAAUCACCGCGAUUAAGGAAUAUUUAUAUAAUUUCGCAAGGACACACUCGCCCACUCGCCUAAUGAGUUCCGAAAACACGUACGCGCUCUCCAAGGAGCAUUGCAACCUCAAAUACUCAGAUAUUCUGCCACAGAAUGCCGAGGGAUUCCCGGCGACCAAGGAGUUCCUGAUGAAAGUCGUCGACAUCCUUAUUGACUUCGUUAAAUCGACGAACGACCGCAAUGCCAAGGUCCUGGAAUUUCACCACCCGGCCGAUAUGCGUCGUCUUCUGGAUCUCGAGGUGCCGGACAGCGGCGUCACACUGCAGCAGCUGCUACUCGACUGCUCGACGACGCUCAAGUACCAAGUAAAAACUGGACACCCGCACUUCUUCAACCAACUAUCCUGCGGCUUGGACUUGGUGUCGAUGGCCGGCGAAUGGUUGACUGCGACAGCCAACACGAACAUGUUCACCUACGAGAUAGCGCCGGUCUUCAUCCUGAUGGAGAACAUCGUAUUGCGAAAGAUGCGCGAGCUUAUCGGCUGGAAUUGCGGAGACUCCGUCCUUGCUCCCGGGGGUUCUAUCAGCAAUCUCUACGCGUUUCUAACGGCUAGGCAUAAAAUGUUUCCCACGUACAAGGAACGCGGACUGGCUGCACUUGGUGGUCAGCUAGUUAUGUUCACCUCUGAUCAAUGUCACUACUCGGUCAAGUCGUGCGCAUCCGUUUGCGGAUUGGGAACCGACAACUGCGUUAUGGUACCCAGCGAUGCUCGCGGUCGAAUGAUCCCAUCCAAACUGGAGGAGCUUAUUCUCGAACGGAAAGCCAGGGGCCACGUUCCAUUCUUUGUCAACGCAACCGCCGGUACCACCGUCAUCGGAGCUUUCGACCCUAUUCCCGAAAUCGCUGACAUAUGCCAGAAGUACGAACUCUGGCUGCACGUAGACGCGGCGUGGGGUGGCGGACUGCUACUGUCCAGGAAGUACCGGCAUCCGAGACUGACGGGAAUUGAACGAGCCGAUUCGGUAACGUGGAACCCGCACAAGCUCAUGGGGGCCCUCCUUCAGUGUUCGACGAUCCACUUCAAGGAGGACGGUCUUCUGAUUAGCUGUAAUCGAAUGUCCGCCGAGUAUCUCUUCAUGGUCGACAAGUUGUACGACGUCCAGUACGACACCGGUGACAAAGUGAUUCAAUGCGGUCGUCACAACGAUAUAUUCAAGCUGUGGCUGCAGUGGCGUGCAAAGGGUACCGACGGAUUCGAGAAGCACAUGGACCGUUUGAUGGAGCUCAGCGAGUACAUGGUAAGACGGAUCAAGCAGAUGCCCGACAAAUUCUACCUCAUCUUGGAACCCGAAAUGGUCAAUGUCUGCUUCUGGUACCUGCCGACUCGCGUUCGCAACAUGCCGCACAGCGCCGAGAGGGAAAAGAUCCUCGGCGAAACUUGCCCGGUUCUGAAGGACAGAAUGAUGAAGGCCGGCACUCUGAUGGUCGGUUAUCAGCCCGACGACCGAAGACCCAACUUUUUCAGGAACAUUAUUUCCAGCGCUGCCGUGACGGAGGCAGACGUCGACUUUUUGCUGACGGAAAUGGAUCGGCUUGGACACGAUCUUUAAACAAAUCAGUUACUGGACUGAGGAAAGUACGAUGUUUUAUCGCGAGAAAGGAAGGAAGAUAGAACAAACAGGUUGGUAGAAUUAUCUCACACGUUAUAAUUGCACACUCUGCCUAAUAUUGUACAAAGUCCUGUAACCAAUUCACAACCAUGAAUAUUAACUUGAUACAUAUGAAGAGAACAAACGUUUAAGUUAGCUUAUUUUCUUGGAUUCAUAAAUCGUCUGUUAAAUUUCAUUGCUAUUGUUCGAUUGUAAUUACAUAUAUUCAAUCCUUUAUAUCUACAAACUAUAUCCCUGUUCUUUUUCACCGCCGUGUGUCGAUUGAAGUAUUAUAUUACUUUCUCGGGGAAAUUUAUAGAACGCGUUACUCGACUUGUGUGUCUCUCUGAUUAUAAAUAGUAAGAAUAACAAAAAGUCAUCAACAACUACACAAGUAAGCCGAAAUUUUUUUCUCUUCGCAAUCGAAGACUGACGUCGAUGGUGCUCAAAUCUUACAGAGUCACGUCAUUAUCAAUAAAUAUGCGGAUAAAUUAACUGUACCUUCGUAAAGACCGCGUUAAUUAAUUUAAUUUAUGAAUCCUAGAACAUCAGGCCUUGGCGAAUGUUGGUUAAGCUCCUCUAUCGAUAUAAAUAUAUAUAUACAUAUAUAUUAUAUACAUCUAUUUGGAUUUAAGUGUUACGAUCUUUAGAUUACGUAUUCAAGCUGUUACGUGUACCGAAGGUGAAAAACGGGAGGGGAAAAGAAUCGUGCACGCGUGUUUACACCGUGCUGUAAUUUUUUUUCUUUCACUCUGCAUUCAAAAGGUUGCUCGUGAGUUGAAAUAAUACUCUGUCCUAGCAAGUAUUUUCAUAGUGCUUCAUAAAUGAGCCAAUUCGGCAGAUCUUCAGCGGUGAAAGUAUACAUAGCAAUGGCAGAAUACAAAUGAUACCAAUAUCUAUAUGUAUGUAUGUUAAUGUAUGUACAUACAUAACUCAUGCAUGUAUAUAUAUAUAUAUAUAUAUACACGCAUAUUAUUACUAUAUAGUGUAAGAUGAAAUAUUAAAUGUAUAUUGAACUUAGAGGAAUAUGAAAAAAGGAUAUACAAAAAAAAAAAAAACAGAAAAAAUCGUUAAUCGGUGAACUAGCGGAAUGGAUAAGAAUCGUUGAAAUAUAGGUCGUAAGUGAAAUACAUACCAUAUCGGCUAUCGCAUACAAAUUAAUUCUUAAUUUGAAUGUAAAAGCAGAAGUUCGCUGGUUGGGGAUGAGAUUUUCUCGGCUGCGCGAAUAUUUCAGCUCCGAGAUUAUUUUAACCUACGAAAAGUUGAAAUAGAUGAAAUUAUAUACAUAUUAUAUUUCCAGUUCUUGUUAGUGCUUGGAUUAUUUAUUUUAUUAAAUGUUACGAAAAGAAUAAUAUUUAUAAAUUAUUUGCAUAUCUGAUAGAUUAUCAGUUCGAGAAAUAUGUUGCUACUAUGAUAAACUGAUGAUAAAAGUGAGUAUGAGAAGAUAAAUAAAUAGAGAAAAUAUAUUAUAUCUAGCCUUGAGAUUUUAAAUACAAAGACAAACCCAUGAAAGUACAGGUUUUUAUUUGAAGUUCGUAAAGGUAUCAGAGAAGUCUAUUAUCCGUAGUUUAAAUAAGUAUCGUUAGCUCACACUUCAAUCGUCGGUUUCGUCUAAAACUUGUUGAAAUGAAUUUGAACAAUCUUUAUCAAUUUAUAUAGCAAAUUUUAUAAAAGUCAUGAUUCAUACGAUAUUAAAUUAAAAAUUAUCGUAAGUUAUAAAGUUUAACGAAAGAAAAAGUCGAUGAAAACAAAUUAUUAAACAAAUAUACAUAUAUAUACAUAUAUAUUGCCAUUAUUGAAUAAACAAAAAUAUGAUAUUAAAAAAAUAUAAAUAUAUUACAUAAAUGUAUUUAUGUAAAUGUAAAUGUUUCGUUGACACUUGAAAAACAAUCGUUACAUUUUUUGUUCAUUAUAGAAAAGAUGUGUAGUAAGGCAAUAAAGUUGCAGUGGAAAUAGUAAAUUUUAAAUUAAAAUCAAAGUACAUUACGUAGAUGUGAUAAUUGUAAUAUAAUUAUAAUGUAAUAAUUUCGUAAUAUAUAUCGAAGGUGGUUUAUAAAGUAUAUUAUAGGUACAUAGAAUCGAAUAAAUAUCAGUCCAUGAUAAAAUAUAUAGGCAAUGCUACAACGCAAUAAAUAGUUCGCCUCAUAGUUCGUAGCCUAAAUCAAAUAGUAACAUAUUUUUAUUUGUUCGUUUUGAAAAAUGUUACACCUAAAAAAAAAAAAUCAAAGUCGACAAUUUAUCACAGCGCAAUCACGGUAAAUCAAAAUUUUGCGAUACGUGUUGUAAACGUGCCCAUUUCCUUUUUUUUAAAUUCAUUUUUUUUUACUGCAAAUGCAACGAAUCGCACUUUAUCCUUCGAUUUUUAGAAACCCUAUCAAAUGCACCGUGUUUCCUUUUCAUGCACUUUUCUCUCACCUAUGCAUUCCCGUUUUUGUCUCAAUCACUGCGUGAUUGUGAUCGUUUUUCUUUCCCUUUUCAGAAUUUAAUCUAUGCACGCUUAUAUACACAGCACUACCUAUGCACCUAUGUACACAUUGCACUACACUUUUCAUUUUACGUUUUUUUUUUCACAAUUAGUCAAAUGUAUAUUUGUGUGACGUUGAUGACACUAGCACCAUGCACAUGUUUCUGUAUCAUUCUACGUACCCGAAGCUAAUAAAAGUAGGGAAAACAUUCCGUUGGAUUUUGAAAAAUUAUCGAAAUUCCAAUAUCAUGUCGACGGUUCCAAGCGACUGACAUCUCGCGAUUCACGUAUACGUAAAAUUGUACUUGCACCGAUGCACAAGAAUAAGUUAUAUAUUUUUUAAAUCACUGUUUACAAAUGCAUAAGAGACAAAAAAUAAUUUUUCUAUUUCUUUUUUCUUGCACUGAUACUUCCGAUGUUUUAUGUACAUAACACAACGUGCACCUACACCUAAAAAUCUAACCCAUGUGUAACGCCUAUAAAUAUGAUUUGAAUUGUGAGGUUAAAAACAAAGGGUGGGGGUCAAAACUUGGACGGAUCAAUAUUUCGAAUAGCUGAUAUAUCGAAAUUUCAAAUAUGUGAAAAUAAAUUCACCGAAAGUCGAAUUCUUCGAAAUCUUAAUUUUCGAACAAUUCAUCUUUCGUUAUUUUAUUUUCCCAUAUUUGAAAUGUCGAUAUAUCCACUGCUGCGUAAUUAUUUGAAAUGGUUUCACUUAAAAUAGAUAUUUAAAAUGUGAAUGGUAUUUUGCAUUUAACGUUUUAAGUGUUCUCAAAGUAACCAUUUACAUUUACCCAUUUAAAGUGUGUUUUUGAAAGCAUUUUUCAUUUUUUAUUUCAAAUGAAUCUAUUGAAGUAUUUUACUCAGCAGUGGACAUAUCGGGUAUUCGAAAUAUUGACCCUUUAAAGUUUAAAACGAUAAAGGAAUUGGCACGUGAUGUACGAUUCGACGACUGAAUUCGUAAGCAUAGUUUAAAUAUAUUUUCUUGAGUAUAUUUACAUGUGUUCAUACAUACAUCACGCACACGUAUAUUGGUUAACAUGGUGUGAAUAAUAUCCCGUGCACUAUUAUUGUUGAAUAUUUUAUACGCCAGAUUAUUUUGUUUUUAUGCCAAUCUCAGUUAAAUAUAGCAUUAACGCCGCUGUUGUAUGUAUCAUUAAAGUAUAAGAGAAGAAUGUGAAAACAACAAAGUCUCAUGUCUUCCAAUAAUGAGUAUUAUGCGUAAAACAUACAUACCUAUACAUACAUUAAUAAUUGUGUAGCAAUGAUGUAUAAAUAUAUCCAUAUACCCUGUAGCUAAGAAACCGAGAAUUGUAAUAGCUCGAGUAUAAUUUGUUUGAAGUAAAAGUCGAACGGCUAGAGAAUAUUGGCUACAUGUCACGAUGAUGUUAUACGUUAUAUGCUUUCAUUGUACUUUUAUUUAUCGUUUCUAUCAUUACGCAUUAUGAUUUUAUACGAUAUGAUAUUACCACUACCAAUGCUGUAUAUCUGUAUGUCUAAUAAACAAAUGUUAAUCCAAA